CGCAUGCCUAUAUAUCCUUUACUAUAGACGACAUGGACGCCUUCAAAGACCUCUGGGACAACGCCGCCCCUGCUGCUGCUGCUGCCCAAGCUGCAAAGUCCCAAUCGCUCAACGCCGCUGCUGCGCAGGCGUCGGCGAGGUCGUACAACAGGCCCGACACGUUUGCUCUGCUCUCCUCUGCGCCCGGAAGCCGCACACUCACUCCAUCACUGCCGGCUCAGAGGCCGACGUCGGCCGCUUCUGUUACCAGGCCUGCAAGCGAACCUAGGAAUGGGGACGCCUUCAGCAACCUCAUGUCCUUUAGCUCAUCUGCCGCUGCAUCGUCCAACCUCUCUCUCUCGGAUAGACAGGCGAAGAUGGAGGCUGAAAAGAAAGAGCGAGAGCGACAACAACAUGAAGAGUACAAAUCUCAAGGUGCAUUCUGGGACAAGUUUGGAGGGGACGACCUCCUACAACCCACACCUGUGCCUGCUGCGCCCACGAUGAGCACGGCGUCGAGGACGGCAACACCAGCGCUCCAACCCACUCGCCCUUCUCCUAUUCCCCAAGCAUCCC